CUUUCGACGGAACCCAACCUCAAUAGUCCCAAUGGCCACCAUGCAGCUUGCUCCCCGCGGUCUGGCUCCCCUUCGCCCCCGCGUGUCGUCGCGCGUUGUGGUCAAGCCUGUGGCUAGCGGCGGCGGCAAGACCGACAUCACCAAGGUUGGCCUGAACUCCAUUGAGGACGAGGUUGUCAAGAUGAACCUGAUGGGCAAGUCCCGCUUCAUGAACAACAAGGAGUGGAAGGACUCGUCCGGUCGCAAGGGCAAGGGCUACGGUGUCUACCGUUACGCCGACAAGUACGGCGCCAACGUGGAUGGCUACUCGCCAAUCUACACCCCGGACCUGUGGACUGAGUCGGGUGACUCCUACAAGCUGGGCACCAAGGGCCUCAUUGCCUGGGCUGGCCUCGUCCUGGUUCUGCUGGCCGUCGGCGUGAACCUGAUCAUCUCGACCUCGCAGCUGGGCGCGUAAAGACUCUGACAUGAGCCUUUUGUGUAUUAGCGUGAUGAGAUGUCCCUGUCUAGAGAAGAGAAGGAUGUGUUUCCCUCUGGAAGGUUUUGCCCCGACGUUGGGCGGAAAGGAUGAGGUGGUGAUGGUGUAGAUGGCGGUGUACCAUAACCUAUGCCGGGUCCCUUUCGGGACACGACAGCAACAAUUGCUGUGAAAUUUGCGCGUUUUGUUUACAGUUUGAAUGUAAACACUAUCGAUCUUUUGUCG